CAUCAUAAUGUAUUUGAACUGUGUCACACGUCCGCCUACUAUGUAUAGAGUGUGUUCUCAGAGCUGUGCUGUCAACUAGCAUCAGCUCUAGACAGGAGCUGUCUCACAGGCAGUAUGUGGUGAAACACCCCGAUGUGCAGUAUUCCGAUCUGAGUCAUAGCUUUCUUGUUGUGAGUGAACAGUUCAGCUGGGAUGUCAUGAAGAUCCUCAGCAGGGAAAUGAUGGAGUCCAACAGCUGUCCACAGCCGGGACACUGGAAGUCAGCGGAAAGCCUGAGGGUCAACAUUGACGACUGCUUGUUCAUUGUAGAGAAAAGCCUUUUAGCUGAGAACUGUGAGUACUUCAGAGCAUUGUUCCAGUCAGGGAUGAGAGAGUGCCAACAGGGAGAGAUCCAGCUGCAGUGUGUAGGGCUUCUGGGCUUUGUGGUCCUGCUGCGGGUCCUGGGCGGGGAGCAACCUGUGCUGAGCAGCGACGAGAUCGUGGAAGCCAUCCAGUGUACGGCUUUUCUGCAGGUGCCGGCUCUCACCGAGCACUUGAUCAAUACCGUCAAUUCUGAAAACUGCCUACUCAUGUACCACACAGCUGCCACCUACGGGGUGUGGGAGCUCUCCCACAGUUCCGCCUUAUUCAUCAGAGAUAUGUACACUGACUUGAAGGAGGAUGUUCACACCUUACCCAGCAAGCUGCUAGAGUACAUAGAGUCCCUUCUCCCGAGCAGCUACAUGGCAGUGUGCAGCCACUCGCCAACCACUGAGCUGCUGCAGGACGUCCAGAGGAGCGUCUGCUACCUGGACGAAGACAGUGGACAGUGGAAGUUCCUGACACAUCUACCUGCCAGCACCAGCACCACCAUGGCAGGCGUGGCCGUCCUGGACAACAACCUUUACAUCAUCGGAGGAGUGUAUGAUGUAAGCAAGAAGGUAGUAGAGACGGGUUUCUGUUACAACCCUGCAGCCAACACAUGGUCCACCAUCUGUGGCUCCCUGCAGCUGCGCUACAACUUCACUCUGAUAGGUUACAAGGGCUGCCUCUACGCUCUCGGAGGUGAGUACAACAGGAAGGCCCUGUCGUCUGUGGAGAGAUACAGGGUGUCUAAUGGAAGCUGGGGUUUUGUCUCCCCCCUUCCAUCCCCUGCAGCCUCAGUGGUGUCGGCUGUAGCCAUGAACAGGAUCUUUAUCUGUCUCUGGAAAGGUAAGGGGGCCACAGAUAUACACGAGUAUGUGUCUAAACGGGACCAGUGGCUUCUGGUCACCACGCUCAUCCGUACGCACAGCUAUGGUCUUUAUAUGGUAGCCCAUAAGGACAAUCUGUAUGUGAUGCGCAAUGGGCCCUGUGAUGACUUCUUACUGUGUGUGAUGGACUGCUACAACCUAAGUUCAGGCCAGUGGACGGCUGUGUGUGGCCAGUACGGGAACAGUAAAGGCUCUCUGCUCACUGCUGUGGUCAGAGGAGAUUCUGUGUUCACACUCAGCCGUCAGGUGACCACAGAGUAUACUGUAGAGGAUUACCAAUGGAGAGUAAAGCGUGAGAUGAGCGGUUUUGGCAGGAUUGGAUCCAUAUAUACAUUUCUGAUGAGGCUGCCUAAAGCCACUGUCUCCCCUAUAGGAAAUUUUACAGAUCUGACUCAGGACAAAAACCUCAGAGACUGUCCCACAUUCUCCCCACAAUGCUCUGAUAACCUGUAAGAGCUGCUGAAAAAAGGAACGACAUUACGUAUUUAAAAUACGAAUUAUGAGUAACUGUAUUCCAUUACAGUUUAAAUUGGUGGUAUUCUGAAUACAGUUACUGUCUUUAAAAUGGACUUGGUGUCUGCGCAGUGCACCUGCACCACACACCAGACGACAAUGGCAGAGGAGACGCACAGCCAGGACAUUGUCUGGAAUGUGUUUUUGGCAUGAAAAUGUAAAGAACUUUUGAAGAGUUAGAGAUACUGAUCCAGCUCUGUGUCAUCUGAGUGUGGGCAGUGUGUGCCGAUGAACGGUUUUUGGGUUUCCACCGUGGCACAAGCGCAUGGAGUUCUCCGUGGAGCAGGGCAGAACACUGGAGGUCCGCUGGAUGAUGCAAAACGAGAAGCAAAAAAACUUUCAUCUGCACAUACUGUCCACACUCAGAUGACACAGAGCUGUUUUAAAAUCAUCAAAGUAUUUCCUUAACUACAUUCAUAGCGACCCAGACAAAUAGGCGCAGCACCUGGGCAUCAGAGCCAUCACAUACUUUCAAAGUUAUUACCUUAGAACCCCCCACACACUUUAACCAUGUGAAAAAUCAGUGCAUCGGUCUUACAACUCUUUAGAGCUCUGUGUCACUACUUCAGUAUCAAAUUUAUUUUUUAUAUUAUUGCUUAUUGAGGGAAUGUCCAAAUCAAUAAUCACUGUUCCAUGUUUUCAUGUUUCCACUCUACUACCAUGCACCCAGACAUGCUCACACAUACACACGAGUGCGAAGCGGCCUCAAACCACCUCUAACGAGCUGUCAUUUAAAGAUAUGAUAUGUAAUAUUUCUAUACCUGUUGACCUACCUAACGACUAUACCUAUAUCCUAUAUGUUGUGCAUAUAUUGAGUUGUGUACUUACAUUAUCCCAAAUGUUUCCAACAAUGUUCAAACCCAGAGAAAUCUGUCAUUUUAACCAAUGACAGAGCAUGCCGUUUGGUCGCCUGUCAGGUGUCAUGUAACCUGACCCAUCUAGUUACUCUAACAACUGUGAAGCAAUAAUAGUUUAAUGAUCCGUCAGGAAACAGACCAUAUCAGACCCUCCACCCCCCUUCCCAGCAUGAAGUAAGUCUCGCAGCAGUAGGGAGUAACGUUACAACAAACCACUUUCCCCCCUGUUGCUGAAAACAUCUGAGAGAGGACACAGACAUGUAAAAUAUAUUGUGAUAUUGUGUUGCUGGCUAAUGUUAACUUGCUUACUCGCUAUCUAGUCAGCUACCACCACUAAUAGAAACAAGACAAACAUAAUUAUAUAGAUAUUGUAUGUUUUACUAAAUGAUGGUAUUUUUUUGUCUGUUGCUAUACCGUUCUAUUUUUGUAACAAAGUCUCUAACUGACAGUAAAAUGUGAAGUUUGACUCAGAUAUCUCAGAUAUCUUAGUUCUGUAAACUCAGAUAUUCCUACGAAGAUGUCCCAGCAAUUAGCUGCAGCAAUGAUUUGGUAACUAAAAGAAAAUGAUGGACAAAACAACAAAAAAAUAGCAGCCAACUUGUGAUAAAGUGGAAUAAUCCUUUAAAAACCAGCGGAUCAGUUUGGGUGAUGUUAAAGAGUAUAUAAGAAUAUGUUGAUGUUUAUGGAAGCUUUCUGUUUGUGGGAACUAGAUUCCUGAUGGACACUGCUCCUGUUUUUCUCAGGAAACCUUGGAUAGGUUUCCCAGACGGGUUCAUCCCAGGGGAGGAGGUUACAUAAGACCAGAACACAGAGGAGGACAAAACAGAAAGCUGCAAAUAGCAUUCAAGCUGUCCCAUGAAUGAUAAUUAAAGAAAAACACUGCCGUGGUGGAUUU